CAUAUCGUUGCGCAAGAGCGACUGAGCGAAGACAACGUCACGUGACCAGUGUUACUUUUAUCAACGCUGCUGAGGAGGAACCAAUCCACGUCGACUCGAUGACUUAGCUAUUUGUUGAUUCCGCAGAACACAUCGCGACCUAAUUUCCUGUGUGCAUGAAGUAAAAACCAUACACAUCGGAAUACAUAAAAUGACGAGGUUUACACGUGGAUAAAUGUGUGUAAAUAAACAAAACGCGUCGCUAAACGUCAAUGCAUUUUAACUGGAAAGCGGGGCAGUGAGCCGCAGAGCGCCCUCUACAGAGAAUUCCGCGUUUCGUCGACGGACAGCGGGAGGUAGAUGAUAACAUUAGUCAUUCUUCUCAGCUCAUCGCUUGAAAAAAUGCAUGUAGGUGAAGAGUCUCUGCAGUGCAUUUGCCCGGCUACAGCGGCGCAGGCUUUCACAUCAACUCCCCUCAUCUUCCCCCGGUCUCUCAUGUUUGGAAACCGAGCUCUAUCGACAUGAACUCGCUCGCAUCAAGAUGCCCGUCUGCGCAAAAGCGAUCUUUAAUUCUCCUUUAGUCAAAUGAGCCCAACCGCGCCGGCCAAUGUAGCCGUCUGGCGCUCACUUCAGCGUUUUGUUCACGGGAUCGCCGUCCGCCUCGGUGCGUCCACCUUCGCGUCGGCCGAAAGCAUCUCCAACAUCAGUCGGAUCGAAAGAGAGAUUCGACUUUUUUCCAUCCGGGAGCGGGGGAUGAUAAUAUGUCAAGGCGCAAACAGACCAACCCUUUCAAAGUGAAUUGUAGGUAUCCCAGGGCCUUUUCACACGACUGGGUUGUCCGGCCCGCAGCACACUUUUGAGAUGGAUGCUAGAGAUGACUUCAUUGAGGACGGGGAAUGCCAUAGCAACAACUCGCAGGAACCUGAAGAGCAAGACAGCACAAGUGACGACGGCGAUAGUGAUUUUGACAAAGACGACUCCUCAAACGCCUCUGCUGAUGACAGCAUGACGAGUAAUAAGAGCAGCCACGGCCCCAUGCUACAUGAUGACGUCAAGGAGGAGAACGAGGAGGGGACAGACCAGGGGGGCAGUUUCGCAUGUCCUCUUUGUUCCCUGGAGUUCAGUAGCCCAGAUCAGCUCAUUGCACACGUCUACCAGCACACCGCUGUGAGUGGCAGCAAGAGUUAUGUCUGUCCAGUUUGUGGAAGAGCUCUCAGUUCUCCUGGCUCUCUCGGUCGCCAUCUUCUCAUACAUUCAGAGGACCGAUUGUCCAACUGUGCCGUAUGUGGGGCUCGCUUCACAGACACCAACAACUUCAACAGGGAAAAGUUGAAAGAGUUCCUCGACACAAGCAGUAUAGAGAUCAACAGUGAUGGUGAGGCCUGUGCCAUGUCCAACUCUUUACCCAGAAGCACUAUGACCAACCCAAACACAAAUCCUGGUCCUGGACUGACCUCAUUGCCAGAUGGUCUUCUUUCUUCUGCACCUCCUCUUUCCUCACUACCUGACAACCUCAGUCCUCAAAGCACGGGACUUCCGCCUCUUCCAGACCUUAUGAACCCUAUGCCCGUGUACCCAGCUGGGGUUUUGUUGGUCUGCAACAGCUGCAUAGCUUACCAGCAGCUUGUGGAUGCCCAGUCGCCAUCCAUGCGGAAAUGGGCAAUCCGUAGGAAGAAUGAGCCUGUAGAGGUACGGAUGCAGCGGCUUGAACGGGAACGAACAGCCAAGAAGACCAAGCGGGCAUGUGAGACACCGGAGGAGCGGGAAAUGCGCCGCUUACGAGACCGUGAGGCAAAGCGUCUGCAAAGGAUGCAGGAGACGGAUGAACAGCGGGCACGUCGUCUGCAGCGAGACCGGGAGGCCAUGCGACUCAAGCGGGCCAACGAGACACCCGAGAAGAGGCAGGCAAGGCUAAUCCGUGAGAGGGAGGCCAAGAGGCUAAAGCGGCGCUUGGAGAAGAUCGACCCAUCGCUGAGAAACCAGAUCGAGCAUGACCCGGCUGCGAUGGCUGCGCUCACUGCUGAUAUGAGCCUAUUCCAGUUUUCCUUUCCCAUGUCUGUCCCUUCCAUGGACAACGGACUGUUUAUGAAGCUUCCCUAACAAGCACAGCUCCAAACCCCCUCGGGCCCAACUCUUGAAGAAUUUGCCAUUCUUAAAGAAUAACCAUCUUGACCAUAGUUGUGAUGAGAAGGUUAUUGCCUUGCAGUUUCAAGGAAGUGCUCACCCUGACAGCGAUUUGCAGUGACGUAGGCACCAGAUGUCUUUUGCGUUCAAAGACAGAUUUGAGGCAAAGCGAAAGACUGUGAGUUGCACUGCAAUACUGUUGUAAAGAGCAAAUGCCGGCAGCAACUACCAGUGGGAGUGUAAACAAUGAAGCCCACAUGUUCUGCUGCCCGAUACACUUGGAUAUUGUAGUUGAGUACAGAAGUGGUUCUACAGGAUAAAUCAUGCAAUUGGUUCAAAACCCUAAGCGUGGCGGAUUAGAGUAGUCAACAGCAAUAAGAAAAACUUACUGUAAAUUAAAGCUUGGCAAAGAACCCCUCUUGGAGGUCUCAUCCCUUCAACUGUGAUUUUAAUAAAAAUCAAAUGAAGAAUAGGCAUCAUGCAGAUGAUGUUCCCAUCUGAUAGUCAGAAGAGGAAACAGCCAUCAAGUAUGAACACCUUCUAUUAACCAAAACCACACGACUUGCCAAGGUCCAAUGAUUUAAUUGCUGUCAGUGUGAACAACCCUUUACGGAUUUCUGUAACAUAUUACGUAAUUAACUGAACUUCUAUAAGAAAUUCUGACAUUCACUGAAGGGCAAACCCUCUCAGUAAGCAUGUUUUAAGAGACUUGUCUACUUUGUUUUCAAGGCUCAGACUCUUAGCCGUCUUUCUUCAGAGCAGUGAGAUGCUUCUAGAAGGAGACUCUCUGUUUGCACACGGACCUACAGUGACAGGAGUGAGACAUGUAGCCACACUCCACACUCAGCCUACUGUUCAAAUUUGCCAGUCUAAAAGGUUGGAGUUUACCUGCAACUACGGCUCACCUCCCAGAACCCAAGAAUGGGUCACUACUAGCUCAUACUCACAGAACCAACUACCUCACCAUGGGAUUUUUGCAUGGCCUAGUCACAACUGUGGCCUCGACCAGAACCACAGGGGCCAUGCAGGUCCACACGCUGACUCAAUGUUCCCUAUGCCAACACACUUUUGUCCAGGGGAGUAGUCCUCUAGUCCAGCUCCUGAAGGGCUCAUCCUCCAGAGUUUACCCCUGAAACAUCUAAUCAAGGUAUUCAAGGUUACUUGAAACCCCCAGGCAGGUGUGUUGGAGUUGAUUGGAGAUAAACUCUCCAUGAUUCUGGCCAUCCUAAAGCAGGAUUGGACACCCCGGUAUAAUCAUUGCCCUACUACAUGUUUGCUGAAACAACUUUAUUUAAAUGCUGUUUGAGUGCCGCUGACCCAAAUGCUGAAAUCUAAGUGGGCUUGUGGUCUUUGCUUAUUCAAACCAUAAUGUGUCCUACUUGUCAAGAUUUACAAGGAUACCACAUUUGCAGCCACAGUGUCCCUCAAUGCACCGUUUAUUUGAGCCCAACCUGGUGCGGACUUUGGAAAAUGACUGCUAACUGUGUGGCAUUAUAUCACUUCAUUAUAUCACAAGUGUGGACUCCAUGAAAGACUUUAAGGGCUGAGGGUGCCAUUUGGGACAAGGCCUAUUGGAGACUUUGUCCUUCUGUAAAAGAGGAAGGUCAUUUCUGCGGAUGUACUGUUAAAUACUAAGAGUAUCCGUUUUAAAGCACAUUCACACACACUUCUCUGACCUCCCAAAGGCUUUAUACCUUAUCACAGUGCUACACGGGUUGAUAUUUGUCUAGGAACUCAGGGAUGGUGUGGAUCACUGGCAUCCUUCUGAGAACACAAGAGGAGCAGGAGACCUCCUCUUCCUCAAUCUUCAUUAUCACCACUUGCUCAGAUCAUAUACUACCUUUUACUCACCUUUACUGGUCACAUUGGCCUUUUUUUUCUCGUUCAGACUGCAAACUCCUUACCUGAGCCAAAAUGUUUAUAUGGAUAUUACGCAACUCCAUGACGUCUCAAUUAUCCAACCAGUUUCUGCCCUCUGCUGCUGUCACUGUACUGUAUAAUGUGUAUGUUACCUCUUUAAACCAGUGUGGUCCCGCACUGGACCUGGGAAUGCUUGUUGUUUAUGGUCAGGCACUUAGCGUGUGCUCGAUCUCUGCGGCAACAUAAGUAGUGUACAAAUUGAAACUGUUGCCUUUGUCACUGGAAAGUUGUGCUUUGGUUUUAUAUUUAAUGAUUUAAAUGAAUUUGUGUGCUAAUUCUAUGAGAUGUGCAAUGAUGUAAUGGUUUAACGAAUGCAUGUACAAUGAAACAAUCAGGACGAACACUUCCAGAGAGAAAUCCCUCCUAUAUGAAGCAGUGAUGAUGCUGCAUAUGUGUGUAAAAGUUUAAACGACAAGGUAAAGACACAUUCUCAGAUGUUUCACACUAAUUAAAAGGUGAAGUGUGUAACUUCUGCUCAACAUACGAGGCCCAAAAUAACACUUGCAUCUCAACCAUUGUCCGUCUUCCAUUAUUCCCACCAAACAUUGUAACCAAUUCAGAAGUUGAAAUGUUGGAACAGCCAACAAACAAGUUAAAAGCACUGGAGUGUUAUGGUAGUGGUUCUUAAACUUUUUGGGUUAACCGCGUCAUUAGUAAAAACACAAAAAAAAAAAAAACCCACCAACUCUGAACAUAGUCGCCCAUUCAUUGCAUUUUAUAUUAACCCUGCUCCUAAUUUCUGACUAUACCACCUGCUCCCACAAACAAUAUUGAAUAUAAUUUUCACAAAUCAGGGUGCCGCAGAAUAUCAAUAUGCAGAAUAUUUUAUCACUUUGGAUGCAGAUCGUGUUGGAUGCAGGGUUGCCAAACCCACAUUUUUUGCACAGAAUUGGGCUGAUUUUAAACUGUUGUGGUGGAUUGUUUUUUUUUCAGUUAAAGGUUUGAAAUAUUGCAUAACAUCUGACUGAAAUGCUUGUAUUAAAACACUUUACAUAUGAUAAAGCGGUGGUAGAAGUUAAGUUUUAUGAAGGAUGACCACUGGUAGGAAGCCUUUUAGCUGUGUUUAUAUAUGAUUAUCAAUAUUAAUACGUAUUUUAGGAAUGAAAAUCAACCCCCCCAUUCCACGUCUGCAUCCUGUCCCACUGUACUUAAAAAAAAAAAAACUAAUAUGGUCACCCUAAACAACGAACGCUUAAGUGUGAAAUGAGUGUUAAUUCAUUGUUAUGUUAGUGCGUUUAUUUAUGCAAUCUUUUUUUAUUGACUAAAUUCGAAAACAAGAGUUUGAGAACCACUCUACAAGUUGAGAGAACAUUACACACGUCACCUUGAAACUUUACUGACUUCUCAGUGUUUCAUAUUGGGCGAAAGGGUUAGUCAUGUUAAAACGGACCAUCUGCAAGUACCUCUUGAAAACAGGGUAGACUGCGCGUGUAUGAUAUGUAUGUCUUAUAUUUCAUUCCAAUACUUAUUACAAUUUAUUUAUUACUACAGUGAAUGACGCACAUUUCAGUGUUUUACAUUCACAAUGUUGUCAUUACCUUUUUUAGAGAUACCUCUAAUACUCAAAGUGAAGCAGCUGAGCUUUCCCGCACAGUUGAAGGCAACUGGAUACUGGUCCCGCAUUUAUGCUGUUGUGAAGUAUUAAUGAUGGGCUCCUUAAGUAAGAGAAAGGAUUUAAUGUACAUGUGAUGAAGCAUCACUAUGCAAUUGAGAGCUGUACUCAAGAAACUUUGUAUUACUACUAUGCAGUUGAUAUGAAAGUAAAUGGACUCAAAUGCUCCGGAUCACAAACCUCAGGCAACUCUUGACAGUCAAGCCAUUGGUCCUCAAGUCCGUAACCCUCGACCACCAGAUCCAUCCUUAGUUUUGCUUUCAGUUACUCCCUUGAUAAGGACCGAGUUGAUGAUGUUGUAUGCACAUUCAGGAAGAACAAUGCAAUUUUAUGACCAAUUCCCUGAAAUUCAUUAUAAAGCACUGAGUUGUUUCAUACAGUAGCAUGUUGUGGAAACCCAUCCUGAUGCAGUGAGAAAAUCGAAUGAUUCUCUGUAUUCCAGAACGAGAUGUUGGCAGGAUGCAUUGUCUAUUUUGAAGAUAAAAUAUAAAAGAGUAUUUUCAAACAUUAACCCUAUUCAGUCUGCAUUAUUCCUAAACUACUAUUUUUAGUGGGAUGCAUUGCCACGUGAUAUGUUAUGUAUUAAACAACCAUUUUCUUUUACAUGUCUGUGCAUAUAAGUCAGUAAACCCCUGGCGAUGGAACCUGCAUGUUAUAAACUACAUGUUCUAAAUGCA